AUGUAUGUAUGUACUAGAGCAUAUUGUGUUGAUAUAAUCUCGUUGUGUGUGCUUGCUGCAUCACGCAUCCUCAGCCGCAACAAAGGCCGCUGGACGAAGGACGAGCACGAGCGGUUUCUCUCCGUCGCGGGACAGUUAGGCAAGAACAAGGAGAGCUGGAGGUGGAUAUCUCAGGUUGUCGUUACCACGAGGUCGCCUGCCCAGGUUCGCACCCACGCGCAGAAGUACUUUCGGAAAAUCGGUCAGGGGCUGCCAUUUCCCGACGAGGGCGGGCAAGACACUUCUCUGGACCCGCACGUAGCGGCGGCGGUGGCGGCGGAAACGGCGGCAGGGGCGGCUGCGCUCGGGCACGACUUGGACGGAGGCAUGUUCCUGCCUAGCGGCAGUGGGGGGGCAUCAUCGGCUCUGGCGCCGCUGUGGGCCGAUGCUAGCGUCGGAGACGCCGACGGGGGUGGCUUUCCUCUGGACAGCUGGCCCUCGGAGCUCGGUCCCUAGGAUCCCUAUGUCGUCCGCGAUAUCCGCCUUGGUUGGUGGUAGCAACAACAUCAACACCUCUGUUCAACGAAAGCAGCAGCAGCAGCUGCAGCAGCAGCAGCAACAACAACAACGCCGCAGGAGGUGCUAAUGCUAGAGGCUUGUCAUCGCGAGGGUGCAGCCCCAGCUCCAACCCUAACCCAAUACGCGCAGCUGUGACGGACUGUCACCAGAUUUACCAGCACGUUUCAAGCAAGUCACUUCCCCGAGCGUGGCGGGGUGAAGGAAAUGUAAAAGCCAUGGUGCCGUGAAGGACGUUGGCGGUUAUCUUCUGCAUGUCGGACAUGAUAUGGGGACAGUCUGUCUACGUCUUCUUUUCGUCUUGUUGCUGCAUGAAACCUUCUGUUUCCUGUGUGUAUGCACGUCUGUAUGUACGAUCGAUGUCGUCCAUUCUCCUGCAUGCCCACGCGUGCACGCACCCAGCACGCCUUUCUUUUCUUCAACUGCAAGCACAAAGACGGCUGCAGCAGCAACACCGGUGGUGUUUUCGAUGGACAUUACUUUUCUUCUGGAUUUGUGUCGGCGAUCUGUACAAGGACAAGAUUCCCUGUGGUUGUGGUGGAAUGCAGUAGUGGUUGUGGUAGCAGCUGUGGUGCUUAUCUUAUGUAUCUUCGACGUUUGAUUACAUCAGGCUGAGGUGGUGUUUUUGUGUCUGCUAUCACUCCCAGAGAGCUCUUCGCGCCACGCCCCCACAAUGAUGGAUGGUUGGAAAUCGCCAACCUGUCGAUAUUCCGGGUGGAGUGACAGUGCUCAUCUUGAGACUUCGAGAAAUGUGGUGUUUUUUCUGAGGUCUACAAGGGACGGGAUACGGGAGGAAGAGAGGCUUCGCCGUCGGGUGUCAUCCCCGUGGCGGGUGAAACUCAAGUGUUGAAUUUUCCAAUUUUUAGAUUCAACGUCGACAUCCGAGACGACUUGCGCACCGGAGAUGGGGCCCAAGGCACACACCUUUGCCCGUGCCAGCAAGAGGUGGCUUUGACGAGAAGCAUAUUUGUUGUCGUUGGGGUUUCUGAGGCAGGUCCUUGCAAUCUCGAUGUUACAAAGAGAUCGGCGUGUUUCGUGAAAGAAAUUGUUGGUUGUUUGGAAUGUCCAAUCACAACAAAUAGAUGUACUACGUGCAACUGACAUUGAAUGUGGACAUGGCGGGCAAGAACGCCGUCUAGAGACAAGUGUAUUUAACACAGUAAUAAAAGUUUAGCACAGUUGAUGCUGGUUUACGUUACGUUGCGUUCGCUUCGAAGUGUUUGGGUCGAAAACGCUAGGUCGUUGAAGGGGUUGUCAACGCAGAGUUGGUGUCGCUAGAGGGUGUGGUCGAGCUAGUUUGGUCCGCUGAAUGCUGUGUUUGAUGAGCGGAUCUGUACCCUAUUUAGUUGGAAAAGCGCUGGUAGUGCACUGGAUUGGAGCGGUACCACGGAGGUCGGGUGUCAUCUGUUUUGAAACACAGA